UCGGAGAUGCACGGGUCAAGUGAAGCUUGGGUCCUACACAUGGAUGAACUGUGGGAGGAGAGAGAACAGUGAGGCUGUCAUGUAAGCCGUCUCCUCUGGGGCCACCUCUCGGUGCGUGCUGCUUCCUGCCUCAGGUAGAAGCCUCAGUGUUUCUGCCGCUGAGGCGUCAGGCUGCUCGCUCUCCUCUCAUCUCCCUCCUGCUGAGAAGGCAACGGGUCUGCUCUCAAAGCACUGAAAUGGAGAAGAGCUGCUCAGAGUGCUCAGAGCCAACACUCGCACAGAGCCUGUGCACACUCUGCAACAAGUGGUUGUGUUACCAGUGCACAGAUGUGCAUCAGCAUCAGAAAGCUUCCACCACCUCCCAGUACACGGAGCUGCAUCAACAACAGAGGCCCAGUGCCCCCCAGUGUCCCGACCUGCACCAGAGAGGCUCCAGCUCCCUGCCUCCCACUGGACAAGGCCCCGGGUCGUAUCCUUGUUCCCUCCUCAUGUGCCAUUCUCACAGACAGGAGCCCUUGGAGCUGUUUUGUGAGUCAUGUGACCUUCUGUGCUGUAGCAGCUGUCACCUGUCCUCCCACAAAACCCACAGGGUGGUGCAAAUCGCGAAGGCCCUACAGGAUCAGCAGUGGCUGUUUGAGAGCUUGAUGGAGCAGGUGGAGGAGAGGAGGUCCGCAGUGGAGAACAAUGCCAAACAGAUAGAGGACAGACUUCACGGAGUAAAGAUUGCACACAGGAAGGCAGAGAACCAGAUUAAAAUGGCAAAGAUGAUUAUGAUGAACGAGCUUAACAAACGAGCUACACUAUUAAUAGAGCAACUGGAGAAAAUCUCAGAGGACUUUCAGCAGCGUCUGGAGGACCAGCUGCAGGGGGCAAUAGAGACGUGUGGCCAGAUGGACCAUGUUCAGAAGUUCAUCACCUGGGCUAAGACCCACCACUGCAGAGGCCCGGUGCUCUUCAGCAGGGCUCUGAUUUCACUUCAGAUGCAGCAACUGGUUGAGCCGUCACUCCACUCAGACUCUUGGAGUCCUGUAAAGAUUAAAUUCAACUGGGAUGCCAGUUACUGGACCAAGCAGAUUUCCUCUCUUGGCCAGCUAAAUGUUGAAGGGGGAAACUGCACAUAUCCUCAGGGCUUGUCCUGCUCCAGUAUCCUGAGGCCUCAGCCCCUCACCUGCAUGGCUCUGCCGCCUGUGUGUCACAGAGGACGGGAGCCGGGCUGUGGGUACAAGGCCUGCUGUGAGCCCCAGAUGUGUUGCCUACACAGCAUUUCCUCUCAGCCAGAUCUGUCCAGUCUGGACAAAAACCAGCUGGACACCACACUUUAUAACUCCAGUUAUGUACAACCUGCCCUCAUCUCCUCGCUGCACCAGAGCCAGCAGCUCCAGAGAUGCUGGGACCCUGACAGCUCCACACAAUGCCCUCCACCUUCAUCUCCCGUCCCAAUCAUGGGAAACAUCCAGUUAAGCUGCAGUCGAGGCUCUGCAUCCCAGCCUCAAGCUGCUGCCACUCAGUCCCAGUCUCAAACAAAGUCUUAUCUCUAUCACCAUCACCAGAAAGACAUUCCUCUGGACAGCCAAACUCAGAUUGCAGACCACAGCAGGCCAGGCCAGUGUCAGAGAAAGCUGUCGUCCAGCUCUGUUCUGCAGCAGGAUAUCGGCCACACAGCUGUAGACAGAGACGUGAUGACUGAAGACAACUGGGAGAAUAGGUGCAGAGUGGAGGAGGCACAUGGAGGACCUGGGGUUGAAAGCAGAGAGCUGCUGGAUGAAGAUGAAGACAGGGGAGCGCAGAGUCCUAUCAGACAUCAGCUCCAUGUUCAUCCUGCAGCAGAGCUGAGAAGAGAGGAGAAGAGGAACAGAGCAGCACUGAUGCUCAGAGACCACAGAGACGGAAGGAGAUCCACGUCCCUGGAGGUGUCAGUGACAGCCUACGAGUGUGUAUCUGAUGCACCGAGCAGCAGACUCAGCCCGAGUUUAGCGUGCACAAGGAGGAAGAGACGCUCCCAGAGCAUCCCGGCAGAACUGGCAGCCCCAUCCAGCAGUCCUUACUCUGAAAGGCCCACAGAAAGCAGUCACAGCCCCGAAGUAGGAGCUGCAAAUAAGUACACCAGUGUGGACCCCAGACAGAGGAGGUCUUCAGAUGGGGUACUUUGUGUUGUCAAAGAAUCUUCCUCUAAGAUGCCUCCCUACAGGCGCCACAGGUCCCCUUUACUGUCCUAUAAAACAGAACCAGAACCAUUUUUCAGUUAUGUAAAUGAGGAGAUUGAUUUUGAGGCCAAGGAGAAAUGCAGGGUGUCGAGAAGCAGCAGCAAUAGUAACAGAGAGAAGGACUCAGGAAGGCCAAAAGUCCCAGUGGUUUGCUUGGAGCGUCUCAAAAUUCUUGUGUCUCAACUCCCCCCGCAUGGACGACGACAGAGUGACCCAUUGCCAGCCAGCGGGACUGGGAAGAGCGAAACUCUCUCGAGGGAGAGAACCUGGCAUGAUGCAGCAGCAGAGUCCAGCACACUAAAGACUGCCAGAGAGUUUGACAACAGAGGGCCAAUCGGAGCUCGUAAAGCACUCACACCGCCGACCACCAUCCCCAAAUAUGUGCCAGAGAGUAACUCCACACUGGAUCUUGACUCUGACUCAGAUCCCAGAUCAGUCUCAGAAGAUGCAGUGUUUUCUUGGGAUGAUCCAGAACAGCAGCAAGACUCUGAUUUAUCUCCAGAGUCUGACCCAAAUGCAGACUCUUCUUCUGAAGCUGAGGAGAAAUCUGUUGCUGCAGGAGAGAUGGGGCUCUGUGGUGAAACCAGAGAUUCAGAGCCCAGUUUAGAAUAUGAGGAAGACCCAGUAUCAGAAGAUGGUCAAAGACUGGAUGCUGUUGAGGAAUCUGGCGACGGUGGAACAGAGUCAGACGUCCAGCCUGACGAUGAAUCCAGGUUUCAGGCAGAGACCGACUCUGAUGUAGCAUCCAUUCAGCCUCUAGACUCCCAUGGCUCUGCGGAGUCUGAGCUCGACUUAGACUCUGACCAUGAACUGACAACAGACGACCCGCAACCACUCCGCUCUGACCUAGAAGAAGACUCUCACAUUGGUCCUAGUCAGAGGAUGCUUCUGAUUGCAAACCCUGCUGCCCAAAGAGGCACAGAGGACGAUCAGCCGGACAGGGACGGUGCGGCGAUGGAGAGUGAGGACUUCUGUGCCGUGUGUCUGAUUGGAGGAGACCUGCUGUGCUGUGACCGCUGUCCUAAAGUCUUCCAUCUGUCCUGUCACAUCCCGUCACUGCUGAGUUUCCCCUCAGGCGACUGGGUGUGCAGCCUGUGCAGAGACGUCGUGCAGCCAGAGGUGGAGUACGACUGUGAGAACGGGAGAACAUCUGGAGAACAUGCAUCAGCACUCGGACUCACUGAAUAUGACCAGAGAAAAUGUGAGCGGCUGACUCUUCUGAUCCUCAGUAACAUCCUGAGUGCUCCCUUCCAUGAGCCUGUCAGUCCACUUGCCCGUCAUUACUACCAGAUCAUUAAGAGGCCCAUGGACCUGUCAGUGAUCAGGGCCAAACUCAACAAGAACCACAACCAGCAUUAUAAGUCAGCAGAGCAGUUUGUUGCUGAUGUCUAUCUCAUGUUUCACAACUGUGCAAAGUUUAAUUAUCCUGACUCUGAGGUUGCCCAAGCAGGCCACAGUCUUGAGUCGUUUUUCACCUCCAAGCUGAAGGAAGUUUUCCCAGACAGAGCUUUUCCAGGAGCUGAGGCAGACUCUGACAGUGAUGAGUAUGACGAGGCCUACAGGACCGCUGAGGGCGGUUUCCCGUGGCCAGAGAGGAGGGAGCAGUGCCACAGGAAGAGGAAGAGGAGACACUCUCUCAAGUCAAGGAGAAAUAACUUCUAAUCAGAGGUGAAGGGAGUUCAACCAUGAUCACAAUUAUGCUGUAUUUGUGUGUAAUUAUGCUGUUUUCUGUUCAGCAGCCUGCGGGGCUGCAGCAGUGUUUCCAUUCUGUAAUCUGAUAGAAGCUCUAAUUAGUGGUUUGUAAUGAUAUCACAGUGCUGCCAUCCGAUGGCAGCUAAACAUAUUGAAACGAUAGUUAAAAGGUCUGACAUGUUGGAGCAAUUAUUCUACCUGCCGACUAUAACUUAGCAGAGGAGCAUAGAGUGUAAAAUAAGAAUUAAAAAAGGUUCAGUCACAUACUUAAUGAUCUACUGUACACACAGAGCCAUAUCUCUUUGAUAAUAAAAAGAAUCAAACGGUUUGGUUUCCCCUGCAGUCUUGAUGGUGGAGCAGCAGUUAUAUAUGCAUCAUAUCAUAUUUUAAUGUCUCCUGAUGCACUGGACAUUACUCAUUGUAUUUACAUUCAGGACUUGUUUAGCUACAAUCCCGGUUGUAGAGGAUGCUGUAGUUGUUUAUUCAUUUCACUUUUCAUCUUUCGUCUCAAGUGGACAAUUUUAGGUGAUUAAUGUAGCUCUGAUAUACACAGCACUUUGAAACUUUGACAAGGGUAAAUACUUGGUUUGCCAUGUUUGUUAACAUCUUAUCUGUUUAUUUGACUAUAUUUGUCUUUUUGAUUCUGAAAUGAUUGCAGGCAAUUAUCAUAGGUUGGAUUCUUGAUAUGAUUAUUUGUCUUAAGUAGUUUUUCUUUUCUGGAAAAGCAUUAGUAAAUCCUAUAAACCUUGCUUCAUUGGAUGAAUGAUACAGAAUGUGAAUGGUUGAGGGAAAUGUGACUUUCUCGUGUGUGUGUUUCUCCACUUUAAAUUAAGAUUGUGCAUACAUGCUGAAGCUUUUUGUCCCUCCUUUGUUCGAACACAAUGUUGUACUCUUCUGAUUUUUAAAUAUAUCUCAGGCUUGAUAAGAGUGUAAGGUACUGAUAUUAUCCAGUAUUGAUGAAUAGAUGUAUAGAGCCACACUGAAAUAUGUCAUUUUAUAAUACCCACUGUUGUAGAGCAUUCUGUGUUUUAUUAACUGUCUGAACUUGCUUCCAGCAGCCUAAGGUAGAUUAACUUCACAUUUAGAGUAAGUACUGCACACAAUGAUUGUCUGUGCACUCCUUGAUCAUUGUCAAGAGUAGUGAAUAUACAAUAUACUGUAUGUCAUGUUACUUCCUUUAAAAUCAAUAGAUAUCACAAUAUUUCCUCUUGUACAGUACGAGGGAGAAGGUUUAGUUACUGUUACUGUUUUUGGCAAGCAGUCUGAUUCUUUUUUUAUUUUUACUGUAACAAUCAACAAUAAAUGCACAUAUAUGAACAUCAAUAAAAUGCAUUCAAUAUAAAAGACA